AUGCUGUUCACCAAGAGUGUGUCCUCACCGCUGCCCACCGUCCUGCUGCUGUUAGCCGUUUGUGACCAGCUGGUGCGAGCGGUGGACCCAGGGGAGGGGGGCCCACCGGAGGGGGACCCAGAGGACAGAGGCUCCCAGCUCAGGGCCCUCUGGAAGCUGCACAUGAGGGAUUUCCUACAGACAGAAAAAGGUGAGCCAGCAACGGGGACACAGACGUUCUCUGAGCUGCUUUGGGGGGGUUUGGGGAGCCCAUCUGUCCAGGGCCUGCCCACCUGUCCAGGGCGUGGCCACCUGUCCAGGGCGUGGCCACCUGUCCAGGGCGUGGCCACCUGUCCAGGGCCUGCCCACCUGUCCAGGGUGUGGCCACCUGUCCAGGGUGUGGCCACCUGUCCAGGGUGUGGCCACCUGUCCAGGGCCUGCCCACCUGUCCAGGGCCUGCCCACCUGUCCAGGGUGUGGCCACCUGUCCAGGGUGUGGCCACCUGUCCAGGGCGUGGCCACCUGUCCAGGGCCUGCCCACCUGUCCAGGGCGUGGCCACCUGUCCAGGGGUGUGGCCACCUGUCCAGGGCCUGCCCACCUGUCCAGGGCCUGUCCACCUGUCCAGGGUGUGGCCACCUGUCCAGGGUGUGGCCACCUGUCCAGGGCCUGCCCACCUGUCCAGGGUGUGGCCACCUGUCCAGGGCCUGCCCACCUGUCCAGGGCCUGCCCACCUGUCCAGACAGAGAGGUGGUGAAACAGCAGCUGCUCUACUGCCGAGCUGGGAUUGGUUACCAUCUCCAGAUCCUCCCCAGUGGCCUGGUGGGAGGAGUGCACAAACCCACUGAGUACUGCUGGCUGAAGGUGUUCGCUCUGAAAUGUGGAGUGGUGGGAAUCAGAGGAGUCAGGAGUGGCCUGUACCUCUGUAUGAAAGGCAAAGGACUGGCAUACGGAGCGGAGCAGUUUUCUGAUGAGUGCCUGUUCAGGGAGAACCUGGAGGAGAAUCACUACAACACUUACUUGUCUUACUCCCACCCGGGUUACUACCUGGCACUUUCCCGCAAAGGACAGCUCAGGAGGGCCAACAGUGUGAACCACAACCAGUCCUGCACCCACUUCCUGCCCCGGACUCCAUGA